AUGGUCGUCCCCAACCCCAACGCCGCACAACCCGAGCUCGCCGGCAAAGUCGCCCUGGUGACUGGCGGUGGCCGUGGUAUCGGAUCAGGCAUUGCACUGGAACUCGCAAAGAAGGGUGCAAGCGUGGCCAUCAACUACGCCAGCAGCUCGAAGACCGCCGACGCAGUGGUGCAACAGAUCCAGGCACAUGGCGUCCACGGCGCAGCCUUCCAAGCCGAUCUGACACAAGUCGAGUCGAUCGAGAACCUCUUCCAACAGGUGGUAAACCACUUCGGCCGACUGGACAUUGUUGUCUCGAACGCGGGAACCGAGAAGUUCGUGCCCUUGGCCGAGACUACACUGGACGACUUCAACGAGGUGUUCGACCUCAACACCCGCGCGCAGUUCUUCGUUACGAAGAACGCCUACAACCACAUUCAGCCUGGCGGACGCGUUGUGUUGAUGUCAUCCAUUGCCGCAGGUCUGGGUGUUCCCGGCCACUCGCUGUACGCCGGUAGCAAGAGCGCCGUGGAGGGUUUCACUCGAUGCUUUGCUGCCGAUUUCGGCAAGAAGAAGGCUACUGUGAAUGCGAUUGCCCCUGCCGGUGUCAAGAGUGACAUGUGGAUGAGCAACGCGUGGCGCUAUGCACCCGGCUGCGACCAAAGCUCGUCGAUUGAGGAGAUUGAGACCGCUCUGGCUAAUGGUAGCCCCCUUGGGCGCUGUGGUGUGCCUGCGGAUAUUGGCCGCAUUGUGGCAUUCUUGGCCAGUCCCGCUGGAGAAUGGAUCAACGGUCAAAUUCUUCCCUGCAAUGGCGGAGCUAACAUUUAA